UCUAACAGCUAGAACACUUCCUGAGAGUGUGAACUUUAUUGUGCGGGAAACCAAAACUCAGCUCCCUCUGAGUGCCCUUAAAAAGGUUUGGGGUGAGGCGGUAAGCUACAUUUGUGGCCUCAGAGAAGACUAUAGCCGCCUCUUCCAGGGCCAGCGUGCAGCCAUGUUGAGCCUUCUCCGCUACAACACCAACCUUACGAGAUAUAAGAACAUGAUGUUCUCCUUUUCGCAGCAGCUCAAAGCAAAGCUUGACUUUUUUAAGAGCAGCAUACAGUACGACUUGGAGAAGUACAGUGAUCAGAUGCAGUACGGCAUAUCCUCUGAAAAAAUGCUGAAGGCUUGGCAGGACAAUGAGGAAAAGGCUGCUGCGUUUGUACAGGUGGCAGAGAUCGGCCACCUGGAUGAGGAAAUAAUGGCUUUGCACUCAGAAAUUGUUGAGCUUCAGAGAAGUCCUUAUGCUCGUCGACAAGGAGAUGUCAUGGAGCAACUGCAAGACAGAGCAAUUGAACUCUACAGACAAUUGAAGGUAAAAUGCAAAAUGCCAGACCCCCAGCACGGCUACAGUGACAGCUCUGAGAUGGUGAAGGUCAUUGUACAGACUGUCCAGAAUCAGGACCGGGUACUGAGGGAUCUAUAUGCACACCUCAGUAAAAUCCUUCUGAGUAAGCAGAAGAUCAUCGACCUCUUCCCUAAAAUUGAGAGGACACUGGAGAGCAUUAAGGAGGCAGACAGCACUGUCAUGCAGAUGCAGAUCAAGAGACAGAGAGAGUUCUGGCAUUUACUGAAGAUUGCCUGU